UAGCGUCCUGACCUACGACACGAACGAUGAUAUGACGGCUCCCAUCUCCGAAAACGGUCGGCACGACGGAUCGACGAUGAGGCUCCUAUCGUCGAGCUACGUGGACGACAACGUUGACGGGUACUCCGCAGAGGCGGAUGUUGGUGGCGCAUAUUUCAGAGAGUCGCAGCCUGGGGCGUUGCAUCGCCGAUUGUAUGUAAACAAUGUUCACUCUUCCAUUUCAAACUCAGAUCCCUCCCCUCCGGUACAGAAGAAUGCUACUCCGGAAACUUCAAGAAGUACUUCCACCCUACCUUCACACCCUGCGACGGUGCGAAGGUGUCCAACUAUAUCAGAUAGCUCAAAUGCUUCAGUUUUCACGACACAUCCGGGCCAUGACAAGGACGAAUUUAAAUUCGUACGGCGCCGACAUACCAGAGGCUCUGCGGGUCCAGACACCGUUCGCACCCUUAGGAUGGUCAACGACCCGUUGACGGUUCCUGCCCCCCUUCGCCUGACAACGCCAAAGUCGCCAGUCAAGCCCAAACCCGAUAUCCAUCUGGAUCCCAUCUGUCGCACUGGACCUCUUGCGAAACAAGACCAGACAGGUCUUUCCAGUGUACAAGAGACAGAUCCAGAAGAAGUAGCUAACAAGUCGCAUCAUAGAAGCUCUGUAUCGACAGCUCGAUCGUUGCGUUAUCAGCCUCUCCAUCAUCACAACCACUCGAUAACCUCAUUCUCACCAUCACGACCACCGUCAAGUUUAAGCAAUGCGCCGAGUAUCCCACCACCAAGCGUCUCUGGAGAGCCUGCUCAGCGGCCAGGGUCGCCAACCAGACCCUUGACACCAUCCCGAAACAGUGACUGGCCGCGACCACCGACAUCUGCUCCAAGCGUAACGUACGAACCUGCAGAAAUCAACGGUCAGUCACGGCCGGGCACCCCGAGCUCACGAUAUGGUGGUAGCCCUCGACGCCCUCUUCCUCCAGCGCCGCUAUUCUCUCGACCGUCAGCCAGCGAAACGAGAAUUAAUAUCGAACGGACCAAUAGCAAUGCCAGCGAUGAUCCAUUUGGAGGUGAUGGAAGGACAAUGGACCCGAAGCCAGGUUCAAGGGCUAGCGUAAGGUCGUAUGACUCGUAUCUGACUGAAUCUACGAUGGUUACAGACGACAAGGACACCAUGAGCAAAGUUGACCUCGAUGACGAGAGCAUAGCAGGUAACGCCGACCCGAAUCUGCAUUAUGGACCUGCUCCAGAGGGCCGUCAGGACCGUAGAGGCGUUAGACAGGCACAGAUGACGAAGAAGGAGGUCAAGCUGAUCAACGGUGAAUUGGUUUUGGAGUGCAAGAUCCCAACUAUCCUGCAUAGUUUCCUUCCUCGACGAGAUGACCGCGAAUUUACCCAUAUGCGAUACACCGCCGUGACAUGCGAUCCCGAUGACUUCGUCCCCCGUGGGUAUAAGCUACGGCAAAAUAUUGGUACCACCAUGCGCGAGACGGAGCUAUUCGUUUGUAUCACAAUGUAUAACGAAGAUGAAAUCAACUUCACUCGCACGAUGCACGGUGUUAUGAGGAAUAUCUCUCAUUUCUGUUCCAGGACCAAAUCCAGAACUUGGGGAAAAGAUGGCUGGAAGAAAAUCGUGGUAUGUAUCAUCGCGGACGGCAGACAAAAGGUCCACCCGCGGACACUCAAUGCUCUCGCAGCAAUGGGUGUUUACCAAGACGGCAUCGCAAAGAACAUCGUCAAUCAGAAGGAGGUUACCGCCCACGUAUACGAGUAUACGACACAAGUCUCCCUAGACUCUGACUUGAAAUUCAAGGGUGCAGAGAAGGGUAUAGUUCCUUGUCAAAUUAUCUUUUGUCUCAAGGAACGUAACCAGAAAAAGCUCAACUCUCAUCGAUGGUUCUUCAACGCUUUUGGCCGGGCCUUAACUCCCAAUGUUUGCAUUUUGCUCGAUGUCGGCACCAAGCCAUCGCCUACAGCUCUAUACCACUUGUGGAAAGCUUUCGAUCAAGACUCAAACGUCGCGGGCGCCGCAGGAGAGAUUAAGGCUGGUAAAGGAAAGGGAUGGCUUGGCUUGUUCAAUCCUCUUGUGGCAUCUCAAAAUUUUGAGUACAAGAUGUCUAAUAUCUUGGAUAAACCUCUCGAGUCAGUUUUCGGAUACAUCACUGUGCUUCCUGGAGCAUUGAGUGCAUACCGUUACCACGCUUUGCAAAACGACAGCACCGGACAUGGGCCCCUGAGCCAGUACUUCAAGGGAGAGAUGUUGCAUGGGAAGAAUGCUGAUGUCUUCACCGCCAACAUGUACUUGGCAGAAGAUCGUAUCCUAUGCUGGGAGCUAGUGGCUAAAAGAGAGGACCAGUGGAUUUUGAAGUUUGUCAAAAGUGCGGUUGGGGAGACUGACGUACCAGAUGCCGUUCCUGAAUUUAUUUCUCAGCGACGAAGAUGGCUCAAUGGUGCCUUUUUUGCUGCCGUAUAUUCUCUCAUCCAUUUCCGUCAAAUUUGGAAGACAGAUCAUACGGUCAUGCGAAAGAUAUUACUUCAUAUUGAAUUCGUCUAUCAGUUUGUGAGCUUGAUCUUCACAUUUUUCUCUCUGGCUAAUUUUUAUGUCACAUUUUAUUUCAUUGCUGGGGCUUUGGCGGCUCCAGACGUUGAUCCGUUUGGACAUAAUAUUGGCAAAAUAAUAUUUGUUGCAUUGAGAUACGCCUGUAUCUUGCUCAUAUGUUUACAGUUUAUUCUAUCCAUGGGAAAUCGACCUCAGGGAGCUAAAAAGAUGUUCUUGACGGGUAUGAUUGUGUACAGUAUCAUCAUGGCUUAUACUACCUUCGCCGCAUUGUACAUGGUGGUGAUGCAACUCAAACACCGUGACGACCCCAAGAAUAAAGAACUGAACCUCGGAAACAAUAUCUUCACAAAUAUCAUCGUCUCGACACUCUCGACUGUUGGUCUGUACUUCCUCAUGUCAUUCAUGUACCUCGACCCUUGGCACAUGUUCACGUCAUCAGCCCAAUACUUUGCACUUCUGCCGAGCUACAUCUGCACUCUGCAGGUCUACGCAUUCUGCAACACACACGACGUUACCUGGGGCACAAAGGGCGACAACGUAAUCCAUACCGAUCUCGGAAUUGCGCGUACGCGAGAUUCUUCCACCGUCGAGCUCGAAAUGCCGUCUGAACAACUCGACAUCGACAGUGGCUACGACGAAGCUCUCCGCAACCUCCGUGAUAGGCUAGAAGUCCAAGCGCCCGAGGUUUCCGAAGCGCAAAUGCAAGAAGAUUAUUAUCGUGCGGUGCGGACGUACAUGGUGUCUAUUUGGGUCAUUGCCAACGCGAUCCUCGCAAUGGCCGUGAGCGAAUCGUAUAACAACGAGGAAGUUGGGAGCAAUGGCUAUCUCGCGUUUGUGCUCUGGGCGGUGGCGGGUUUGGCUGUCUUCCGUGGCCUGGGGUCCACGGCGUUUGCGGUCCUGAAUAUUGUGCAUAAGAUAGCGGAGGGCAGGAUGAAAUUUGCUGCAGGGUCUGGGUCGUCGGGCAGCGGUGGUAGUUCUGCUGCGCUAAGCAGUCUAAGUUACGGAGCGCACAGAAAUAUCGGCGAGAAGGUGAGAGAUUGGUUUAGCGAAACGGGGUGGACUUUGAAGAGAAAGGUUGGAAAAGUGGCUUUUUGGAGGAGAUGA